AGCCAUUGUUGCAGCUGCGCCCGGAGGAGGAGGUUGAAUGGGACGUUGGUGUGGUUCCAAAGCUCAAGUUGCAUUAAAUCGCUCCCAUUCUUUCAAAUCCGAGUAUCUUUCCUGGAUCAAUUGCGUCAUUCAUUGUGUUCGUGAAGUGUGAUUAAGUAUAAAACAAUAGUUUAUGUAAUAGUGAUCGUGGUGGGUGUGCAGCCAUUUAAAGAGACCAGGUUAUCUAUUGCAUGUCGUAUAAUUAAUUGGCAUGAUAAGUCGGUACGGGUGGGGGACAUUAUUGACACGGUGAAACAGAAGCCAGCCGUCCCAUCAUCAGAAGAAACAAGGUUUCAUCCCAAAUGAGUGAAAUUUGAAGUGCUUCUGCUGCUGAGAAUGUUUGCCCGUGGAACACGAUAACAUUCUCGGCUGGAUAACAAUACAGUCAGAUGUCUGAAUUUGGAUUGAGUUAUAUGAUUUCAACACGAAGCGAGGGGUGUGAACUGUCGGGUUAUGCAAGUAUCCGUCUCCUCAUCGACUUCAUUCAGUCGUCAUCAUCAUCAUUACAUUACAUGGAUCAAACUCAUUGAAAUUCGUGACACGAUCCCAUCUUUAAUCUUUGGGUGUCAUUCCUUGAUGAUUUUUCUACUGCGGUGUGUAUGCCUGCAUCCGAGGGAAAUUAUUGGUGCCAAAUAGUUGCGUAUCGUACUGGUCGCCGUAUUAAGUGAUUUGGAAAUUGCGACAAGGAUUGCGUUUAGUUGUUUGGUAGACACGUUGCUGUGAGUGCUGGUCAAAAUGGAGAGCCCUGCUUUUCGAGAUGGAAAGAACAACGGGCUGCAGAAUCCAGGCUUUGAAAUGUCCGAGCAGGAUGGGAAUAAGGGUCUAAACCAUAGUCCACUCGAGUCCCCAGCCCUGACGAAUGGCGACCUCCCUGGCCGAACUCGGCGCAAAGGGAACAUUCUCUCCAAAGUGAUCGAAGGGGGUCGCACCGCGGUUGGAGACUUGAUACAGAAACACAAAAAGCUAGUAAAAAACGUGGUCCUGUUGGGUCUCUUUGUGGCCUACAAUGGCUACGUCGCUACGGCCGUGGCGUACGGAACUCGACACGACCAACCGAUGGAAUGGUGCGACGGGCUGGGCUUCCUUAUCAUCCUCACCGCCAUCAUUUGGUGGAGCCUGUUCUACUACAUUGUGCUGAAAGGGAUCUUCGGAAAAGCGAUCAACAAGGCUGUGCUGAUUCCCAUGGGGCGCAUGCUCAAAACCCUCUUCGCAAUAAAAUGGUUUGGUGCGGUCGUGGGACUGCUGGCGGUGGCGGUACUGGUCACCUUUAUCGUGUGGGACACGUGGGGGGAGCCCAGACGGUUGGUUAGCGCGUGUGGGGCCUUGGUCCUCCUCCUUCUCACUCUCAUCCUGUCCAAGCACCCAGGCGAUGUCCAGUGGCGACAGGUGAUUGCAGGUCUGGCCUUGCAGUUCGUCUUCGCACUCGCCGUCCUUCGCUGGGACGGAGGUCGCAACUUCUUAGAGUGUAUUAGCAGGAAGGUUACAGCGUUCCUCUCGUUCGCUGACAGUGGGUCAGCGUUCAUCUAUGAUUUCACAGCUUCGGGUAACAUGACCAUUUACGGGAGCAAUGUUCCUGAUUUGCUCCCAGGGUUGGAGUGGAUCCUUGUCCCCACCACCUUUGCAUUCACGAGCCUUUCUGUGAUAUUCUUCUUCAGUUUCGUGGUCCAACUGUUGUAUCACAUCGGGGCCAUGUUGUGGGUGGUGAGAAAAGUGGGCUGGCUUCUUCAGAUCCUCGUGGGGACGUCCGCAGCAGAAAGUAUGAACGCAGCGGCAAACAUUUUCUUGGGACAGACCGAGGCACCCUUGCUGAUCAAACCUUUCAUGGAAGACUUAACUAAAUCUGAGUUGCACGCGGUGAUGACGGGUGGGUUUGCCACCAUUGCUGGGACUGUGAUGGCAGCGUACAUUUCUUUCGGCGUGAAAGCAGAGUCGCUCCUGUCAGCCUCGGUGAUGGCGGCCCCUUGCGCACUCGCCCUCUCCAAGCUCAUGUAUCCCGAGAUCGAAGUGUCAAAAACGACCCACCAGCAGAUGAAAAAUGUGGACACAAAAACGGAGGGAAAUGCUUUGGACGCAGCGGCAAAGGGUGCAGCGGAGGCCGUGACCUUGGUGUGGAACAUUUUAGCCAACAUUUUAGCCUUUGUGAGUUUCAUCGCCAUGCUGAAUGCAAUCAUCGGCUGGUUCGGAGUGUUGGUUGGAUUGGAAGACAUGAGUUUUGAGUGGCUGCUGGGUAAAAUAUUCAUCCCUGUCGCACUCUGCAUCGGAGUUGACCCUUCUGAAGCGAACGACGUUGCGAAAGUGCUGGGACUAAAAAUUGUCGUCAAUGAGUUUGUGGCGUACAAGGAGCUUCAAGCAUUGAAAAACAUAUCCGUCAGAAGUCGGCGUCUCGCAGAGUACGCGUUGUGCGGAUUUGCGAAUUUUAGCUCGAUGGGGAUUCAGUUGGGAGGACUUGGGGCAAUCGCACCCUCGCGUCGCCCAGACUUGGCUGACAUUGUUUGGAGAGCCCUGUUCGCCGGGGCCACGGCGAGUUUGAUCAACGCCUGCGUGGCUGGAACCCUCAUGUCCUUCGACGAGGAAGACGCCGUGACGUCCACGCUCCCCACGUUUGCCACCACGAGCUCGCUGAUCAUUUAAAACUUGAUAUUACAUGAAAUUAAACCAGUUCCUACCGAUGGAAAAGGAAUACUUUUUUCAACUGCAGCAGUAAAGUGAGCAACCAUGUUGGUGUGGAACCAGAUAUUUAUAUUUAGUCAUUACAUAUUUAUUUUUGUAAUGUGUGCAUGAUAAUUCCUGGAAUGAACUCUCUGCACAUGCAUCAAUUUAUGGAUGAGAUUCUAAUAAAAUAAAAGUUGGGAGACAAAA